ACUGCACACUCCUUUUUUUGUUGCCGGCCGACCCACCAAAGAAAGUGUAUAUAUAAAAGUGUAGCGCGUGCGUUGAACGCCCAAUAACAAAUUUUGGCUUUCGCAGGGCGUAUUGGUGUUGCGAAUAUCAGUUAAAAACUACACCUGAACCAGAGCCAGAACCAGAACCCGAUCCCAACAUAAUCUCGACCAGCAACGCACCAGACCACCCACCACACCCACCAAAAUGAUCAACAUGGAUAUUAGCGUGACGCCCAACUACUCGUAUAUCUUCGAUUUCGAGAACGACUUCAUACACCAGCGGACACGGAAAUGGAUGCUGGAAAACUGGACAUGGGUGUUUUACUACUGCGGCAUCUACAUGCUUGUGAUAUUCGGUGGUCAGCACUUUAUGCAAAAUCGUCCAAGAUUUCAACUGCGAGGUCCGCUCAUAAUAUGGAACACGAUGCUGGCAAUGUUCAGCAUUAUGGGUGCUGCCCGCACGGCGCCGGAGCUGAUCCAUGUGCUCCGUCACUACGGACUCUUCCACUCAGUCUGCGUGCCCAGCUACAUCGAACAAGAUCGCGUGUGCGGCUUCUGGACCUGGCUGUUUGUGCUGAGCAAGCUGCCGGAGCUGGGCGACACGAUAUUCAUAGUGCUGCGCAAGCAGCCGCUGAUCUUCCUGCACUGGUACCACCACAUCACCGUGCUGAUCUACUCGUGGUUCAGCUACACGGAGUACACCAGUUCGGCGCGCUGGUUCAUCGUGAUGAACUACUGCGUGCACUCGGUGAUGUACAGCUACUAUGCCCUGAAGGCGGCCCGCUUCAACCCGCCUCGCUUCAUCGCCAUGAUCAUCACGUCGCUGCAGCUGACGCAGAUGAUAAUCGGCUGUGCGAUCAAUGUGUGGGCCAAUGGCUUCCUGAAGACACACGGCACCCAGUCGUGCAACAUCUCGCAGCGCAACAUCAACCUCUCCAUCGCCAUGUACUUUAGCUACUUUGUCCUAUUCGCGCGAUUCUUCUACAAGGUGUACCUGUCGCCGGGCGGCAACAAGAGCCGUCGCAUGGCUGCCACUCUCGCCGGCCAAAAUGCGGUCAAGCAGCCGGUGGACCACAUCUCCUCCUCGGGCGCCACUCAGUCGGAAGAUCAGGCCGCCUAUCUGCGCAAGGCCAAGGCGCAGUAAGCAGCAGCAGCAGCAGCGGAAGAAGAUGGAGAUGGAGAGCAGCGCCAGGAGGAUCUGUUAAUGGCUAAGGACACAUUUAUUUAUGUAGCGGUGUACACGUUGUUUUUUAAUUUUAACCCCAGGGCUAGCCAGCAGCACACCACCCACAGAAAUUCUAGAAAUUGUAAGCAAAAAGUUGAAGCAGGUGGACAGACAGACAGACGGAAUAUCUGAAUAUGUAUAUAGGAAACAGUCAAUCCCGAGAGAACUGUAUGGCAUGGGAGUGGCAGGAGAGACUGUGGAGCAUGAAGCGUCGUACAUUUAGCUGCUAUAUAGACUCUGUGAGGAAUGUUGGAAUGAGGCAUCCUUCUAAGUGUAUAAGGAAGAUGGAAAUGAAUGUAUCCCCGUGCACUUGCGGGGAUCUAGAGUUAUGUAGAGAUAGCCACACCAAAAACAAAAAGUAGGUCACUUCACAGUCUCAAGGAUUUUCCACACUCCUCUGCCAACAGAUUCUGUGUGCUGUUGAGCCCGAAACAAAAAGGAAGAAGAAAGAGUCGUAUCUAUAUAUAACAGUUUAUAUAUAUGUUUAUGAGUUAUUUAAUUUUGCAGAUUUAUUGACAGCCUCCCGAUGUUGAUGUAGAUUUUCGAUUCCAUUGCGAUAUUUGCGUUGUCUUCUCAGGUGGGAUCUGUGUUGCCUCCUAAGUUAGUUAGAAAUUCUCAAGCUCUCACGCUACUCCCCCCCAUAUCUGAGGGACAUCCUUAGAUGUCUUUGCAUUCAGUCAGAAUAGCAGCGAAAGCGUUGUGGGGGGAUCGGGUUUGAGAAAUUUGUACUCUAAGUCUAUAUACAUUAACAAUAUAUAUUUAUAAACUAUCUAAACGGAAUAUUAACGAAGCAAAGAAACGGAAACUGAACACAGAAAAACAGAGAAAACAGAAAACAGAACACAGAAAACACUAUAAGUAGGCAUAUUGUUCCACGAUCCAGAGCGUUAUUUUAAAGUAAUAAAAAGUGUUUUUGAAAAGUGCAUCCACCAUUUAAGGCAUCCGCAAAUAUUAAGGCAUUCAAAACUAUAUAUUAUAUUUAGAGUUAUGUUAGGGGAAGGCAUUUAUUUAGUUAACCUUUGACCAUGCAUUUUUGAGUAGUUUUUCAUUCCGGAAAA